GAAGCGGCCGCGAUGGCGCUGGUGCCCUACGAGGAAGGCCGGGCGCUGCAGGGCCUGCGCAGGCCGACGGCCACGUACCGCUUCGCGGGGCGCACCGUCCGCAUCCGGCAGGACUGGGAGCGGCGCGGUGUGGCGGCCGUGGUGUGGGACGCGGCUGUCGUCCUGUCUGCUUAUCUGGAGAUGGGAGGCAUCGAUCUCAGGGAUCGGUCGGUGAUUGAGCUGGGAGCUGGAACUGGAUUGCUGGGAAUAGUGGCCACACUGUUGGGUGCUCGCGUUACCAUCACAGACAGGGAGCCAGCACUAGAAUUCCUGGAGUUGAACGUGUGGGCUAACUUACCUUCUGAACUACACCCAAAGGCUGUGGUGAAGGAACUAACUUGGGGAAAAGACCUAGGCAACUUCUCUCCAGGAGCAUUUGACUUCAUCCUGGGGGCAGACAUCAUUUAUCUUGAAGAAACUUUUGAGGAACUGCUUCAGACAUUGGAGCACCUGUGCUCAGAGCAAACUGUGAUUCUUCUUUCCUGCCGCAUCCGCUAUGAACGGGAUAGCAACUUCUUGAAGAUGCUGAAAGGCCGUUUCUCUGUAAAUGAGGUCCACUAUGAUUACACUGCUUUUACAAUCAGCAACCGUUCGGAGAGCAGGCAGAAAAGAUCAGCCUUGGCUGCUUCUAGACUCAGGAGUGAACCACACCAGCUGUGUAGGGCAGGACAGGAGCAAUGGCCCCAUUGGACAAAGAGCUUCAAGGUGCCUCAGCACCAGAAGUAUCAGGUUUACUGGAUGAUGUACUGACUGCAGAGGGACCUGUGUUACCUGAUUCCUUCAGUGUGAAGUUCAAGACAAACUGCAUUUUUAUCUUACAAACUAACCUGCCUGGGAUUCCCCUCAUUGCAGAGAUGUAGAUUUUGUGAACAAAUGUAGGAACAGCACUAUGAAAGUGCUUAGUUAUGAAAACCACAAAAUCCCACUCAUAAUGAGUCGACCUUUCUUCUUUCCCUUGGUGCAUUGCAUCAGUGAUGGAUUUGUUCUGGCUUUUGUCCCGUGGUUUGAUCCAACCUUGCAGAUUACAUAAUCAAUUUGUGAUCUUUGUAAUGUUUGCUGCCUUCUCUUCUGUUCUCAAAAUCAGCAGUACAUGGCUUAAGAGGAAUGCUUGAAAGUGGGAAAGAUAGCAUAUUUAAACUGUGAAAGGAAAAAAAUCUUUCACACAUUAUUAAACAACAGAACUAAGUACCACCAAAACAGAUACAAGAAAGGAAGUUUAAAAAUAAGUAUCAGAAGUGGAAGAUUGGAACUUUGGAAGAAUGCAACUUUGUCUUCAGGAUUUACCCUCUAAUUAAUUCAAAUGGAUUGAGAUUUUAAAAGCACUCUGUUUGGGAAAAUACUCAUGAAUACUUACAGCACGCCAUGUCAUGAGGAUACCAUCGACUGCUUAAAAUGUGCCCUCUCCUGCAUUCCUAUCUAGCUCUGCCUCUCGAUUAGUGCAAAGGGAAAAUCCUGCUCAAAAAAGAGACUUUUU